CUUUAACCUGAGAGAUCAGUGAGUUCGCGGUUGUGUAAAACUACUAAUCUCUCACCAACCUGAUCUACAGGAGUCAUCACAGACAGCUCCUGAGACAGCAGGAAUUAUCAGUGGUUCACGUGAUCACCGACCCGCAGUCUCUUCUUCACUCAAAUCACUCGAGUUUGAAAGUGACUCACAGAAAUAAGGACCCAGAUCAGCGACGAGUCAGUGGAGGUCAAACUGAUCAGAUCCAUCAUGGAUGAAACACAAACAUCAGGAGAUGAAGAUUUUUCUACAGGAUGCAGAUCAGUUCGUCAGAAGAGAUCAGAAGCAGAGUCCAGCUGUGUGUCUAUGAGGAGCGACUGGUCUAUGAAUCCACCAAUAAUGUUUAACAGUGGAAAUUCAUGGCCUGAUCCCAGAUCAGUUGAUCAGAAGAGAUCAUAUCCAGAGUCCAGCUGUGUGUCUAUGAAGAGUGACUGGUCUAUGAAUCCACCAAUAAUGUUUAACAGUGGAGAUUCACGGCCUGAUCUCAGUCCAGUUCAUCAGAAGAGAUCAGAACCAGAGUCCAGCUGUUCAUCUAUGAAGAGUCACACGUCUACGGUUUGGCGAGGACACUUCAAGACUAGAGAUACACAGUCUGGUCUCAGCAAUGAGGUCCUCAACACAUUUAGAUCAAAUCUGAAAAGGAAGUUUGAGCAUCUGUAUGAGGGAACAGCGACACAGGGAAACCCAACACUGCUGAAUGAGAUCUACACAGAGCUCUACAUCACAGAGAGUGAGAGUGGAGAGAUCAGUAAUGAACAUGAGGUGAGACAGAUUGAGACACAAUCCAGGAGAACAGCAACAGAGGACACAGCCAUCAAAUGCAAUGACAUCUUUAGACCUUUACCUGGACAAGACAAAGCCAUCAGAACUGUGCUGACAAAGGGAGUCGCUGGCAUCGGAAAAACAGUCUCUGUGCAGAAGUUCAUCCUGGACUGGGCUGAAGGGAAAGAGAAUCAGGACGUCCAGCUCAUAUUUCCACUUCCUUUCAGAGAAAUCAACUUGAUGAAGGACAAAACACUCAGUCUUUCAGAUCUUCUUCAUGUCUUUUUCCCUGAAACUAAAGAAAUGGAAAUAUUCAGUGAUGAAUAUAAAGUGUUGUUCAUCUUUGAUGGUCUGGAUGAGUGUCGUCUGUCUCUGGAUUUUAAGAGUAAAGUGAAACUGUGUAAUAUAUCUGAAUCAGCCUCAGUGGACGUGCUGCUGAUGAACCUGAUUGUGGGGAAUCUGCUUCCCUCUGCUCUCAUCUGGAUCACCUCCAGACCAGCAGCAGCUGAUCUCGUCCCCUCUGAGUGUGUCCAUCGAGUGACAGAGGUACGAGGCUUCAAUGAGCCACAGAAGGAGGAAUACUUCAGGAAGAGAAUCAGAGAUCAGAGUCUGGCCGACAGGAUCAUCUCACAUCUUAAGUCAUCAAGGAGUCUCUACAUCAUGUGCCACAUCCCAGUGUUCUGCUGGAUCUCAGCCGCUGUUCUAGAGAAGAUGUUGAGUCGAGCAGAGAGUGGAGAGAUUCCCAAGACUCUCACUCAAAUGUACACACACUUCCUGAUCCUUCAGACCAACAUCAAACAUGAGAAGGACUAUGAGAAGAAGGUGACAGAUAAAGACAUGAUCCUCAAACUGGGGAAACUGGCUUUCCAGCAGCUUGUGAAAGGAAACCUGAUCUUCUAUGAGGAAGAUCUGAGAGAGUGUGGCAUUGAUGUGACAGAAGCAUCAGUGUACUCAGGAUUGUGCACUCAGAUCUUCAGAGAGGAGUUUGGCUUGUAUCAGGGGAAAGUCUUCAGCUUUGUUCAUCUGAGCAUUCAGGAACAUCUAGCAGCUCUAUAUGUGCACCUCUCCUUUACAGUCCAAAAGAGAAAUGUAUUUGACAAAACCAAAGACAGUCAUCUGUCUAAGUUUUCACACUGGAUAAAGUCAUUGUCUGAGCUGCAUCAGAGAGCUGUGGACGAGGCUUUACAGAGUAAGAAUGGACAUCUGGAUCUUUUCCUGCGUUUUCUUCUGGGUCUCUCACUGGAGUCCAAUCAGACUCUCUUACAAAAACUACUGACACAGAGAGAAAUCUGCUCCUUCAACAAAAAGGAAACAAUUGACUACAUCAAACAGAAGAUCGGAGAGAAUCUCUCUCCAGAGAAAUUCAUCAAUCUGUUUCACUGUCUGAAUGAACUGGGUGAUGAUUCACUGAUGCAGGAGAUCCAACAUUAUCUGAAAUCUGGAGAAAUAAGAGAAACCAAACUCUCGUCUUCACAGUGGUCAGCUCUGGUUUAUGUGUUGCUGACGUCAGAGCAGAAGAUGGAUGUGUUUGAUCUGAAACAGUUUAUUGGAUCACAACAUACAGCAGAUGAAGUUCUUCAGUAUCUGUUACCUGUGGUUAAAGAAUCCAGAUCAGUUCGGUAAGUGACACUGAAAACAAUCACUACAUUUUAAAAACAUGAUCACAUUUAUGAUUUUAGUAUGUACUUUCUUAUUAGAGCAACAAAAUGGGGAAAAACUUACAGAAUCACAUUUCUGUCAGUGAACAGGAGAAAUGUGUGAGACACUUAAUAAAGCAGCUGAGGUUUUGUGUGUGUGUGUGUGAGCUGAUGAUUGUAGAGCUCAGUGUCAAAGAUGAGGAUGAAGGAUUGAAUGUGAGGAGAAUCAAAACUGACAGCUAAUAGAUUUGGACCGCUGCUCCUCUAAUAGUGUUUAAAUUGAUGUUUUACUGUCUGUGUGAAUUGUUUGAAAAUGUUCACAUUUCCAGUGUUUCCCCUACUAUUAUAUUAGGGGGGCGCCCCCCU